AUGGCGGAUAACGAAGAUAGACCCACCAGUGCUAAAGAUGCAGCUGAGGCUCCUGCGGGAGAAGAGGAACCUAAGCAACCCACAGUGGAAGCCCAAAGUGGUGAUGAACAGCCAGAAGGUGAAGCAGCUCCUGCAGAGGGUGCUGACGAAGAACCAACAGAAGAUGAGGUGCCAGCAGAGGUUGCUGAUGAUCAGCCUGCUCCAACUGAGGACACUGAAGAUCAGCCAACCGGGGAUGAGACUACAUUGACUGAAUCUGUGGACCAACCGGCUACUGAUGAGACUCCUGCUGAAGUAGUAGAAGAACAACCAGCUGAAGAAGAUGAUACCACUGCCCCUGAACAACCACCAGAAGGUGAAACAGAAGAAGCAAAACCACCAUCUGGGCCUCCCAGCAGAGCAUCUACUGCCAAGUCUGGUAAAUCAGCCAGGUCAGCCAGAUCAGCAAGAUCGGCAAGAUCACAGAGAUCAGGUGGUAGUGGUGCAGCUGCUGAUGAUGAGGAUGGUCCAACUGAGGCGUUGCCACCACCAGUGGAUGAUGCUGUGAUGUCUCCUCCUCCAGUGGCUGAAUCACCAAAUAGACCAGCAAGUCAAAGAUCUGGUGGAUCUGGUAGAAGAAGUGCAGGUUUUACAACUGAUUUGCAAGGUACAACAGAUAUAGCUUUACCAGAGGAUUUAGGUGUAGAUAGCGAUGGAGAUGAUUUUUCAGAUGCAGAGGAAGGUGAAGAUGAUGACUUACUAGAUUCUGAAGCCAGUGAGGAUGAAAGUGAAAUGGUUGUUCUUGAUCCUGAUCAUCCUUUGAUGCAAAGAUUCCAGAGAGCUUUAAAUUCACACUUGGUAAAACAACAAGAGAAGGUAACAUUGCAACUUAGGGAACUGCUUGGAGCAUUGAAGAACAAAAAGAAAGACAGAGAAGACAUUGGUGUAAAUUUGUAUGGUCUGCAGCAAGAAUUAGCCAGGCAACAGAUGCUGUUAGAACAGCUACAUGAUGAAUUCAGUCAGACAAAUCAAGUCAGACAUCAGUGUGAUGAAGAACUAGAAGAAGUGAGACAUUUUUAUAAAUACACCCAGAAUAAUGUGACUGGGCAACGAAAGACAGCUUCUGAAUUACAGACUGAAGUUGAGAAUUUAGCAACCAGACUGUUCUAUCUGUCGAAUGCCAAAGAAGAUGUGCGAUCAGAUAUUGCUGUAAUGAGACGGGCAGCUGAAAAGGCCGAUACUGAAGUCACUAAAGCAGAGACUGAAAAACAGAGACAGGAUUUGUAUGUAGACAGACUAACAGAGAUUGUGGACAAACUGAAAGAAAAGAUAGCCAUGUAUGAAGCGCAGCAUUCGGCACAGACGGAAGAAACUAAGGCAGCUAAGGAAGCACUGAGUGAAGCUAAAAAUGAGAUUGAGAGUAUCAACUUAGAAAAGAAGCAUCUAUUACAACAGUGGCAUAGUAGUUUGAUUGGUAUGAGAAGACGUGAUGAAGCACAUGCUGCUUUGAUGGAGGCACUUCAUCAACAACAGCAGAAUAUACAAUCUUAUGCAACUGAAAUAGACGGCUAUAAAAAAUCCAUCCAGAAGGAACAGGAAAGUAAUGAGACAUUGACCCUUAUUUUGAGGAAAAAUGAAGCAGACAUUGCUACGACAAAGAAGCUCAUCCAACUGUGUCAGGACAAGCAAGAUAAAAUAAAACAAGAAUAUAGCACUUUCACUAGAAUGCUGCAUGAAACUGAGCAGUCAUUGAAUCGAGCAUCAACGGACCGUACUCUUAGAAUGAAUGAAUUAAAUGCACUACGAAAACAAAUUGAAAGAGAAUAUCAAGAGAAAGUUCGUUUGGAAGAUACCAUUCUGGAAAAAAUGAGGGAGGAACUGACGAUGGAUAAAGCUGCUAUAUACACCAAAAAGAUGACUGAUAAGUUGAGAGGAAGAACAAGGGAUCAGGAAUCAUCUAUGGCAACAGUCAAAAAUGAGAUUGCGAGAGAUACCAUGGAACUCUCACAUACCAUGACAAGAGUGGAGCGACUUAAAAAGGUUGCAAAAGAGCAUGAUAUCGAAAUUAGAGAUAAGAAUGAUAUUAUUUCGAGAAGUGAAAAUGAAAUAGUUCGCCGUAAUGCAAUAAUUGAACGUAAACAGGGACAAAUUGAUCAGUACAAUAAAAAGAUAGAAUCCAUUGCUACUGCACAAGGGGGAGAAGAACUUGGUCCACUGGAACAUGAGAUCAAUGCACUUACAAAGAAUAUUGAACAACGCUCUCAAGAAAUUGGGGAAUUACAGCAGUUUUGGUUGCGGCAACAGAAUGAACUGGUCAAACUUAGCAAAGAGAAAGAUAGCCAGGAGACAGAAGUAGGAACUAUGAAGAAAGCAUUAACUAUCCUCCACCAGAAGAAAUUGAGAAUUGAAAAUGAAAUCAGCACCCACACUAAUGAGGAUGAGAACAUUCAUAGAAAUAUCAGUAAUAUGCAGAAUGACAUGAUCAAACUAAACACCUUGUUGACAAAGCAGGGCAAGAUAAAAGAAGGUUUGGAACAAGGCAAUGUACUGGUAGAGAGUGACUUUGUACAAAGUCUCAAGGAGGCGGAGUUGAACUCUAUCCGUAUGCAGAGAAAUGUGGAAGAAUUGACUGAAGAGAAGGAGAGACUGCUAAACAGUCUUGUUGAAGCUGAACGACAGAUCAUGCUAUGGGAGAAGAAAACACAGCUGGCCCGUGAAGCUAAGGCAGCGGUAGAUUCUGAAGUAGGCCAGGGUGAGAUUGGUGCCAUGAGAGCUGAAAUCCAUCGUAUGCAAGUGCGUUAUGCACAACUGAUGAAGCAGCAAGAGAAGAUGAUACAAGAUAUGGAGAAGGCAGUCUCCAGACGUGACACCAUUGUCACUAGAGGUGACGCACAGUCUAAAAUGGACAAAAAAGUAGAAACUAAAGGAAUGUUUCAGAAGAAGUUAUCUGAAAUGAAGAAAAAGGUGAAAAAAGUUCAACAAGAUGCAAGUUCUUGCGAUUCAGAUAUUGCAGAGUUACGUGGCCAUCAACAACAACUUAGUCAAACACUAGAAGAAAGGCAAAUAAAUUACCAACAUCUACAGGGCCAGGCUGAUACUUUAGACGGUGAUAUUGAUAAACUCAUGGAAAUCAAAGGAAGGAACAUGGCUGAUUUGAUUGCAAGGCAACAGAAAGUAAAACACUACCAGGCACUAAAGGACGGCAAAUACACAUUACUGUGUAAAACUGACCAAGCAUUGGACAAUGAAAUGGAAAAACAAGGAGACCGCAUACAUACCAUUACAUCUAUUGUAGAUAGACUUAAUCAAGAGUUUCCUCACAUCCAACCAGCUUUGAGGAAAGUCUCUGUAUCCCUCGCAUCACGGGGUAUCACUGAUGAAGAUUAAAAUGUACCCCCCCCCCCAGUUAAAUAAUGGAAUGUGCCAAUGCAUCUAAAAACAGUGUAUCAUCUGUGUUGGAUUGUACUAUAUAAAACUGAGAGAAGAGGUUAUGCAUUACAUGAAAGAGAUUCAUUUUUGUAUAAUAACUUAAAAUUCAUUUGUCCCAUAUUACUUUACAAUGUAAGUGUACAUAUUAUGACUAAAUACUUUGCAUACCAUUGUUAUGGAUUCCAUGGUCCUUUUUAAAUGUGUGUAUAUUAUUGUUUUUUUGCAAUAAAAAAGAAUUUUACGACC